AUGAUUUGGUUGAUACUCUUCUUUGUAACACUCGUGGCCCAGUCGUGUGCGGUCAUCUUGACAAACUGGACGGUCGACGACCAGGAUAGCUCGAUAAUAUACUCGGGACGAUGGGACUCGCCAGCUUUGCACGCGUCUCCUCUUAACUACGGUGGAUACCAUACUUUAAGUGAUGAUGCUCAGGGGAAAGCCGUCUUUACCUUUACGGGCGUCGCGGUCUAUUUUAUUAGCUCAUUGUGGCCUUAUGUGGUAGACUCCUAUGUCUCGUUGGAUGGAGCAACUCCAGUCUAUGUCAACUUGACAAUCCGACCGGGAAUGCCGCAAGAUUUGGAUGCAAUUGGCGACGAGGUGGCUCUAUGGAGCGAAAUAUGGAAAGCAGAAAAUCUAAGUAACACGACGCAUACCGUUACCAUUACUCGAGGUCCAUCCGGGUUUGCCAUCGUCGAUGCCUUCAGAUACACUACAUCUCGUGACGACAAUCAUUCGACUACGACUGUUAAUCCGCCGUCUUCUGUUUCCUACCCAUCCUCGAGUAGUGCCCCCAGUGGGCAAAUGGAAUCACCACCCACGACAAGAAAAACUCCAAUACAACGAUAUACGCUGCCGUAUUCUCAACUCUCGGUGUACUUUUACUCUUGGCUAUUCUCCUCAUCAUCUGGAGAGCCCACCAAAACCGAAGAAGGCAACGCGCACAAAAUACGGAGCAAAAUUGGGAAAAUCAACGCAUGCAAAGAACCGACCAGCCUUACUCAAUCCCAAACAACGCUGCUCGAGAGUCAAGCGCAUUCAACCACGGCGCACCCACCGGGGAGCCCAAUUAUCCCCUACCACAGGGAAUCACACCCUGGAGCUAUCCGGAAGAAAAGGCGAUACAGCCAUCCACACAUCCUUCGACGAGUUUCUCCAACGCCACAUCUGUGCCUCCCCUCGUUCGGCAUGGGGAUUACCCUCAUCCCGCAGGUGUCGCCACUCAGCCAUCUCAUUCAGCCGCAUCGUACUCCUUCCAUUCUCCUGUAG